AUGGGCGAGUCGAGUUAUUUAACUCGAGUUAUUCCCGAGUUAGCUCGGUCCGGUACCCGCCUGCUCUUCGACGAGCCGAAUACUUCAUUAUCUCGUGAUUUCAAGACACACCGCCUUCAAAAAGAAGAUUCCCAUUCGUCUGACGAGAAAAUGGACACACGGUCCGAAUCGUUCAUAUCGCAAGACACACCCAACUCGAUCUUAUCCGACUUCGAAGACAAGAGUAUAGAAAAUGUUCUCCGCUUGCAAAACCCAGAAGUCUUACGCUUGGCAGAACCAGAAAAUGACAAUACAAGCCCUCUUUCCGACAGUUUUCUUUCUAAAAUGUCAAAAUUGAAUAUAAAAUCAACCCCAGACAAUAAAAUGACAAAUUUGGAUGUGAAUUCUACCAAAGACAAUACGAUGUCAAAUUCUUAUAUAAAAUCUUCUCAAGACAAUAUAAAAACGUCAAAUGUAGAUACCAAAAGCACAGAUAAUAAAACAACUACCAUAGACAAUCGUCCAAAACAACUUAACAUACAAAAAAGUUCCAAUUUAGUCCUUACAACAAAUCACCCAUUAAUGGGGCUAAGUAGUCCGGACUAUCCAGAUGUAGUACCAAAAUUAAUUGAAGAAAAAGAUCUAAGUCUUUCGUCCAUAGAAGACGAGAAGUUCUAUAAUUUAUAUAGUCCAGAAACGAAUACGUCAAAGAAUAAUUUGUAUUUUAGUGAAAAUUUUGUAACAGCUGAGAGUGUGGAGCUGAGUAUAGAUAACAUUCCACCGGAUGUCGCUAGGGUUGAACAGAAGGAACGAAGGAAAAUUGUUGCCAGAUUCGUAGAAACAUCGAAGGCGAUAGAAGCGACAAACCCACACCCGGUAGUGGGCCGGGUGGGUCAGAUGAGGUCCGAAGAGCUCUUCGCGGGCCGUAACCCUGCCGGACAUAGUACACCAAUUUCACGGACGAUUGAGUUUGGGACCGGGGUAGCGCAGUGGUGCAAAUCUCCAACACACACACGGAGUGCCCCUAAUUUUGACCUGCCCAUUGAGUUGUCCACCAACAUUGCUGUACAUAAU